AUGAUAUUUGAAUUGAUAAUAACUUUUAUACUGCUUUUAUCAAAUCAUAUUGCUGCAUGGCGUGUACCUCAUUGUGUGCUGAAAUGUAAAGAUGCUCACAUGCAACAGAUGGAAAAUGAAUGGUCGUUGAAUUUCGCAUUUCCGUUAUUAUCUCUUCUGAAAGCUACCGGUAACGAAACGGUUGCACACAAUCGAGCGAUUGAAAUUUGCAGGAGCAAUGAUUUGUUAAAUAAAUGUCUUUCUGGCUGUGAUAAAACAAAUGAACGAAAAAUUUUGGAAUUAGGAUUAUUACCAUGGCGAGAGAUAUGCUUUAAUCUACAUGUGCUUCAAGGACAAUUUCCAUGUUGGCGAUUGAAUAUUGACAAUUUGACAUCAAAUUGCAGCAAACAAAGUCACGAACUUCGUGAACGUAUUAAAUUUUUAGCAAUAAAUGAGUCACCAACAGCCCUUCAGAAAGCAUGCUUAAGUUUGGAUAAAUUCGCUAAUUGUAGCGUUCGCAGUUAUGGCUAUCUUUGUGGAAAAAGCAGCGAAAGUUUCAUCGAUCGAUUAUUUUGGAUCAGUCGAAAUGCGAUAUAUGAUAUGUUAAUGAUUAAAUGGUCCGUUCUGCCAACAUCUUGUAACAUUGAUUUUUCAAGGCGUAAAUUAAACUUAAUGAAUUCAAUUUAUCUUCAUAGUGAACAAACACAUUGUAAAGGAUAUAAAUUAUUUAUUGUCUGUAUUUUAACACUUUAUUUUGUGAUAAAAAAUAUUAAUUAUUGA